UACUUGUCCCUUAUUUUUACCUUUUUUUCCUUUUAUUAUUCUUUAUGAUUAGUUUAGCAUCAGCACAUCACUUUGAGCCUAGAAAUAUUAAUCAUCUUAUUGCAUACACGGCUUUAAAUGUAAAGACGUUGCUUGAGUGUUCAAAGGAGAGAUCACAUUAUCAGCAUAGACUAUUACCCACAUUACAGGUCUUUAUAAAGCAUACAUUCUACCAUUGUAAACUUACACCUACAAUACUGGUUGUGGCUCUUAUUUACCUUGAUCGUCUAAAGAGUUGCCUACCUCAUCAGUCAAAAGGAGAAUUCGAUACACCUUACAAGAUGUUUAUUGCCGCAGUUGUUUUGGCUUCGAAAUUUAUUGAAGAUUCAAACAGUAUCGUGCAAUCAGUACACAAAUUUGUAUCCCCGUUGUAUAGUCCAAGAGAAGUAAACGAGAUGGAAAGAAGCUUUCUAGCUGUUGUAAAGUAUAACCUAUUUGUUAACCUGAUCGAAGUGGAUCAGUUUAUCAAGCAAUAUAAAGAUUCUCUAGAAUUUGCACUCAAAUGAAUACCCGCUUAUUAUACUAACAUAUAUAUAUCAAUUCCAUCAUUUGUAUCAUACAACUUCUUGCACUAUCACACAUCAUGAAUAAAUAAAAAUUAUAACCGCCUGUUUCUUGGCAUAUUUACCAUUAGACGUAUUGUCGGAAUUUUAAGUCUCAUUAAUCUAUCUUGUGUACACUAUUAGGAAAAAAAAGUUUGCGAAAGAGCCUGUUUGAACCGCAUUGUCCUUCAGUUGAUAGAUCAAUUAAAUAAAAUAUGAAAAUAAAUGAUAAACAUGAAAAAAAAAAGAUUAUUAUGUUGAUAUCAAGUUGUAUCAAUAGAAUGUCAAUAGACUGAACUUGUAUUUGAAGCGCUUCGUUAAUUGCC